AUGUUACUCAGGUUGGAGGCGGACCUGGUAGAGAAUGCCCAUCUCAGUGAGCGUGAGGCUUGUAUCCGCAUGGAGCUGCAUGUUCUACAGGGAGCGCUGCAGAGAGAACAGCUGGACAGGGAGAGGGCAGAGGAGGAAGCUGCUGAUGCUAGGGAUGCGCUAAGCAAGGCCCGUGAGUCAGUGUUAACCCUUUCGUCUGGUCAAACCCUUCUGAAGAGAGAAGUGUCAGAGCACCGUGACGCCCUAGAGAAGAUGGCUGCCUUAAACGAAGCAUUAGCCAAGGACAAGAGAGAGCUCAACGCCCAGGCACUACAGGUAGACAUUAACCCUGAGGCCCAGUCUCUACAGUUAGACAUUAACCCUGAGGCCCAGCCUCUACAGGUAGACAUUAACCCUGAGGCCCAGCCUCUACAGGUAGACAUUAACCCUGAGGCCCAGUCUCUACAGGUAGACAUUAACCCUGAGGCCCAGACUCUACAGGUAGACAUUAACCCUGAGGCCCAGCCUCUACAGGUAGACAUUAACCCUGAGGCCCAGCCUCUACAGGUAGACAUUAACCCUGAGGCCCAGCCUCUACAGGUAGACAUUAACCCUGAGGCCCAGCCUCUACAGGUAGACAUUAACCCUGAGGCCCAGCCUCUACAGGUAGACAUUAACCCUGAGGCCCAGACUCUACAGGUAGACAUUAACCCUGAGGCCCAGCCUCUACAGGUAGACAUUAACCCUGAGGCCCAGACUCUACAGGUAGACAUUAACCCUGAGGCCCACCCUCUACAGGUAGACAUUAACCCUGAGGCCCAGACUCUACAGACAUCUGCUCUUACCCUCAAGCUUGAGAUGGAGAUGGCUGACCUCCAGGUCCAGCUACAGGGACUAGAGUCAAAGGUCGUGACCCUUCGUAGGGAGCUUCACACCCAGUCCAAUGAGAGCACAGAGUUAAGGAUCCUGACGGUCUCACAGCAGCACCAGUUAACCCAGGCCCAGCAGCAGGUCUCAGGGCUGGAGGUAGAGAGUAGGCAGCUGCAGAUCCAGGUCACCACUCUGCUCCAGACCAAGGAUGUGAUGCAGGGGGAGGUCCAGGGGGAGAGAUGGAGGGAGAGAGCAGAAAAGAGAGCAGAAGAGGGAGAGAGAUGGAGGGAGAGAGCAGAGGAGAGGGAGAGAGAAAAUGUGAGACUGAGUCAGAGGCUCACUGAAAAAGAGAAGAAUAACAGUGAACAACUAAAGGCUGUGAAAAGAGAGAGUGACAAGAUAGCAGAACAACUGAAAAAGGAGGAGGUAGAUGGAAGGAAUAGAUUAGAGAAGAUAGAAGAACUGAAAACUAGAAUGAUCUCACUGGAGGAAGAAAGAGACAAUCUGGAGGCAGAACUGAAGAAAACUGAACUAUUGGAGAACAAGAUGUUUGCCGCGGAGAGAGAGAACUCACAGCUCAGAGAGAGGGAGAGAGAAAGAUACCAGGAGGAGAGUCUGAGAAAGAGGAGGAAGGAGUCGGAGGGAAGGGAGAGAUUAGAGAAGAUAGAGGAACUGAAAACUAGAAUAAUCUCACUGGAGGAAGAAAGAGACAAUCUGGAGAGGGGAAUGGUGGAAAUGAGUCAGAGGUUUAAAGAAACAGAGAAUAAAGAGAGUGAACAACUGAAAGACAGGAGAAGAGAGAUGGAGAAGGUGGCAGAAGUUCUGAGAACAAGGGAAGGAGAGAUGAGAAAGAGAGAGGAGGAGAUGACAGAGCUGAAAGCCAUGAUCAUCUCUCUGGAGGAAGAGUUGAAGGACAUUGAGAUAUUAAAGGGAAACCUUCAGGCUUUAGAAGAGGUCAACACCAAACUCCGGGACAAGGAGAUAGAGGAAGAGAGGAAGACGGAAAAGAGAGAAGCAGAAGAGAGGGAGAGGGCGGAGAGAUUGAAAGAAGAGCUGACACAGAAAGACGCGGAGGUACAGGAGGUGAAGAACAGGAUGGAGGGAUUGGAGAAGGAGAGGGAGGAGAUGUCGUGUCUGUUGGAGGAGAGAGACGCAGAGCUGGAGAGACUAACCGUAGAACACAAGAGCCACCUACACAGAGAGAGAAAGCUGAAGGAGGAGGGGGAGAGAUGGAGAGAGAGAGCAGAGGAGGGAGAGAGAUGGAGAGAGAAAGCAGAGGAGGGAGAGAGAUGGAGGGAGAAAGCAGAG